AUGUCACAGAGAAAGACGGGGAGAAAGUUCCCGAUGCCGCCGGCAAAGCCGGUCAGCGAGAACGCGCUGCGACGGCGAACAACCAUGCUAUGGCAAGUUCUCACUCUUGAAAGCAUUAAAAACCUUGCCAUUCCAGGAGCCGGCCUAAAGCGACCAGAAACAAUUGAACAACAGGACGGAACCCUUUCAAUAGCCAGUCUGGCCGGCGGUCAUGGAGCUAGAGUAUAUGAAAAUGCACAAGAGAUGUAA